AAACGCUUUUUUUUUUUGGUUCUUUGCUUUUUUGUGGGGAUUCCUUCAAGUUAUUCUCGAUUUGAUACGCAAAUUGAUCGAAUUUAGGGUUCUUCGUUUUGAUUCUCAAUCUCAAUCUUAAUCUCAAUCUCAAUCUCCUCUUUGGCAAUGUCUUCGUCUUCAACCUCCGAGAAGCAAAGCAAAGCGGAGAGGGUCCGAAGGGCGAGUCAUGCUGGCUCUUGGUACACUGACAAUUCUAGCAAAUUAGAAGAGGAACUUGGUACAUGGCUUCAAGCAUCUAAACUAACCAAAUCUCCUGAUGUCAGAGGUGUUAUUGCACCGCAUGCUGGUUACUCUUAUUCUGGUCGCUGCGCAGCUUUUGCAUUUGGUAACAUAGAUCCAACAAAAUUUUCUCGGGUUUUUCUUCUUGGUCCAUCACAUCACUAUUACACUCCAAAUUGCGCUCUUACAAAAGCCACAAUUUAUAGCACACCAUUGGGAGACUUGCCAAUAGACUUGGAAGUGGUUGAAGAGCUUCAGGCAACAGGAAAGUUUGAAUUUAUGGAUCUUAAUAAAGAUGAAGCAGAACAUAGCAUGGAGAUGCAUUUGCCGUACCUUGCAAAAGUGUUUCAUGGUCAUCCAGUGAAAAUCGUUCCUAUUUUGGUUGGUGCUCUGAGUUCAGAAAGUGAAGCCAUGUAUGGAAGAUUGCUUGCAAAGUACGUUGAUGACCCCAAGAACUUCUUUUCCGUGUCAUCAGACUUCUGCCACUGGGGGUACAGGUUUAGCUAUACUUACUAUGACAAGAAACACGGUGCUAUUCACAAGUCCAUCGAGGCUUUAGAUCGUAUGGGAAUGGAUAUCAUUGAGACAGGCGAUGCUGAUGCCUUCAAAAAAUACCUCAAAGAGUAUGACAACACCAUUUGCGGACGCCAUCCCAUCAGCGUAUUUCUUCAUAUGUUGAAGAACAGUGCGAUGAAAAUAAACAUUAAUUUUCUACAGUACGAGCAAUCGAGCCAGUGCCGGAACAUGAGAGACAGCAGUGUAAGUUAUGCUUCAGCAGCAGCAAAGUUGGCUGAUGAUGAGGAAAUGGCUAAUUGCAACUAAUUUUGGUUUGUGAAAUUGGUGCACAUUGUGUGCAAAUAUAUUGGACUAAGUUAAUAUGAACUUAUAAACAGUUUGCUUGUUUUUAACUUGAUGAUCAAUAACUAUAUUUAAAGAAAAAUUUCAGCUUUGAUGUUGUUGA